GCUAGAUAGCUACCAACCUAGGUUUCUUCUUCAUCAUCUUAGAGGUGUAAUUGAGUGUUUCCAAACGUCAUAAGUUGAUCAUAAUACCGCCGCUUUACAUACACACACACACACACACGGUCUCAAGAAAAGGAAAGGGAAAAGGAGAAAAGGAGAAAAGAAAGCGAACUAAUAAUAUCGUGAAAAAGACAAAGUCGCAGCCAUACAAUGCAUCCCAAGUCAGCGGCGGUGCUGUUGAUCGCAGCGCUCUUUUCUCAGACGGCCUUGUCGCAAGGGCUCUUCACUUGCCAUUCGAGAGAGGAAUGGGGGUAUGCGCCGAAAUGCUGUAUGAACAUCGACGGCCAAGUUGGGCUGAAUUGUGUCACGGCGCACCAGAUGGGCGCCACAGAUCCCAUUUGGGAGUGCAACCUCUUCGUGUAUAACAUCACGGGGUGUUGCCAGACUAUUGGGUACAAGAACCCGUACACGAAUAACACGAUCGAUCUUUGCGCGAUGUCCACCGACCCGGUGUAAUAGAAGAUUGUUAAUAGUUAGUUAUGCUUACCUACCCAGGUAGAGGUAGGUAUGGAUUUGUUAAGGGGACACAACUCCGACAUUGACGAGGAAUUCAAAGUAUAGCUUAUGACGUUGACGACGUUUAUGAUCUGACAAGUCAAAAACAUCAUUCGAGAAUAAUUAGCUAGGUAAUCAAAAUAACAUGGAUGGGAUAAUUGUAAGAAACUGCAGUUUCUUUCGGCGAUAAAUUAUUUCUAGA